AUGGGCAGCAUAAUACAUGAUCAUAUAUCCGAAGAUAGUUACUCGGACAACGACACAUCCGAUUACGAAUCCGAAAAAGAUUCGGCUAAGGACAAGAAGAAUAAGACCAAAUAUAUUGCUAAAGAAUAUAGAGGUGUUCAACAAGCAUGGGAUCGGGUAUAUGUGCUAGUAUGUUUCACGGGUUUGUUCAUUGACCCAUUGUUUUUCUACACACUUUCAAUAAGUGAAUCAUAUAUGUGUUUGUUCAUUGACGGGUGGUUUAUGAUCACUCUCACCGUGGUCCGGUGCAUGACUGAUGUAUUACAUGUGGUGAACAUGUGGUUAAAGUUCAAGUGGAAAAGAUGGUCACGUUUGAGACGUGACAAGUUGACUUCAUGCAACGUGGCGGACCAUGAUGUAAUGUAUACUUGGAAGAGGGUUCUUUUUAAUGUCUUCGUUAUUCUUCCCAUUCCUCAGAUAGUGUUAUGGGUGGUGAUCCCGGCAAUGCUGAAAAGGGAUUUGACGGCGGAGAUAAUGACCAUUUCCUUAAUUAUGUUAAUGUUCCAAUACCUUCCAAAGAUUUAUCACUCACUAUGUUGUUUACGACACAUGCAAAAUCGCUCUGGAUACAUUUUUGGUACCGUUUGGUGGGCAGUCGUUCUUAACUCCAUCGCAUAUUUUGCUGCCUCUCACGCUAUGGGAGCUUGUUGGUACUUGCUUGGUUUACAAAGGGUUGUGAAAUGCUUGAAUGAAAAAUGCAAGGACGACACAAACGCUCAUUGUCUAAAACGAUUUUUGACAUGUCGAGGUCCUAUAUAUUAUGGUACGAACAACCUCAUACGUGGUCACUCGAGGCACUUAUGGGGUUUGAACAAAGAAGCAAGAUCUACUUGCCUUGAGAACGAGGAUAAUUACGGAGGUUAUAAAUGGACUCUUCAGCUCGUUACUAACGAUAGCCGUUUGGAAAAGAUACUCCUUCCCAUCUUUUGGGGAAUUAUGAAUCUCACUACAUUUGGAAACUUGGAGCACACAACGGGUUGGCUAGAAGCUCUUUUCAUCAGCAUUGUUCUUGCAACAGGGCUUCUUCUAGUCACUAUGUUGAUUGGAAAUAUUAAGAUAUUUUUGCAUGCCACAACAUCAAAGAAGCAAGUUAUGCAACUGAGAAUGGGUAAUAUUGAGCGGUGGAUGAAGAGAAGGCACCUCCCACAAGAGCUCCGAAAAAGAGUUCGAAACUACGAGCGGCAACGAUGGGCAGCGACACGUGGUGUGGAUGAGUAUGAUAUGACAAACAGUCUCCCCGAAGGCCUUAGGAGAGACAUUAAGUAUCACCUUUGCUUGGACUUGGUACGACAGGUACCUUUGUUUCAACAUAUGGACAACUUAGUCCUUCAAAAUAUUUGUGAGCGCGUGAAGUCCCUUGUUUUUACCAAGGGAGAAACGAUUGCAAGAGAAGGAGACCCGGUUCAAAGAAUGUUGUUCAUAGUAAGAGGCCAUUUACAAAGCAGCCAAGUACUACGAGACGGUGUUAAGAGUUAUUGCACAUUAGGCCCCGGGAACUAUAGUGGCGAUGAACUUUUAUCAUGGUGUGUUAGGCGACCUUUCAUUAGGAGACUCCCCCCAUCAUCAUCAACACUAGUAACCUUAGAAACGAUCGAGGCGUUUGGGCUAGAAGCGGAUGAUGUGAGGUAUGUGACACAUCAUUUUAGGUAUACAUUUGUAAAUGAAAAGGUGAAAAGGAGUGCGAGAUAUUAUUCUCCAGGGUGGAGAACUUGGGCAACAGUGACGAUUCAAUUAGCAUGGAGGAGGUAUCGGCAUAGGUUUUCUUUGACUUCUCCUUCAUUUGCUAGACCUAAAAAACCAAUGUCAAGAAGGUGUUCUUCGUUUGGGGAGGAUAGGUUACGGCUCUAUACGGCUUUGUUGACUACUCCUAAGCCGAAUGAAGAUGACUAUGAUUAUGACCUAGACUUCGCUGAAUUCUUCCAAGUAUGA